UCAGCUUGGCAAAUGCUAUUGAGACCUGCACUUCCCCCAAAAAACAACCUGCAACUCUCUAGCAGAAAGAUCCUCCAGAAUGGGAAGGACCCGGAUGGUGACCUGCUGGAUGGCUAUGCUUUUUCUGGUGCUAUCUAGCGAUAUCACCCUUUGUCGGAGGGGCUCCUCAAGUAAGAAAGCAAGCCAGAAUAAAAGCCCUCCCCCCGUUAAUAAGCCCAGCUCACCAACCAAAAAAGAACCAGUGAAGAUUCCAGGAACACUCUGUUACACUGGCCAAUUGCUCAACAUCAAACUAGAGCCUGAAGAUGCCAAAUAUUACACUGACAACUUCAAAAAGUUCCCUGACUGUGUUUAUUACCCUACGUGCUUCCGGUCACUAGAGCCAAACGCAACCAAGGACACGUUGGUUAGCGAGUGUUUUAACAUUACAGUGAGUUUGACUGAAAACAAACUGGACUUAUCUGAAGGAAAGAAUGCCACCAGUGCGUACACCAGGGUCAUGUGGCAUGUGAUAAACCACUUGUGUGCAAUGGAAUUCUGCUGCCAACCACGCAGCCUCGCUCUGUCAAUCCACGGUUCCUUUGGUUGGUUAACAAUGCUUUGCUUCUUGAGUUUUAUUUCUCUUACCGUGCAAUGAGCUUGCAGCAAAAGCCAUUGAUUUACUGGCAAAAGUGCAGUGCCUGUCAGUAACUAUUUACCUUUUGUGAUUUGUAUAUACUAAACUUCCAUAAUUCUUUUAUUUGUUAUUUUAACCAAAAUCCUUUGUGCAUAUAAACUCGUGUGAUUUAUCUAGCAAACUAAUGUGCUUUGUUUUAAACUGGAUUAAUGUGUGUCCAAAUAAAGGAACAUGCUAAUCUUUUAACUCCUUUAACCUAGUCCAGAGAGGGAUUCUGGAUUCUAUGAUAAUAGACAUUCUUAUUAGUAAACAAGACUAGGUAAUAUACAGGGUGCGUAUGAUUGAUAAGAGGCACUUGUCAUUGCAGAUUUUUCCUGUGAUGAAUGAAAUAAUGACCCAUUGAGAGAUGUUAACUCAUUAAGAACUACCAGUUGCCACAGCUGUCAGUAAUAGUGACUGGAUUAUAAAUCCCCUUUAGUUUAUCAAUCAGGUAAAGUGAGAUAACCAUAAAAGAAAUCCCAUCAGUAAUGAGGUAAAAAUAAGAUAUUGAAAACAAGAGUAAAAUAAUUGUGAGAAAGUAACUUUUCCCUCCCCACAAAGAUUUCUUUGUCUCUCACCCUAUAAAAAAGAGUUUUGGGGAGAUAAAUUGGGAAUGAAUACUGCCAGCAUUCCACUAAGUGUGGAAGAUGGGACUAAACUACUUCAUCACAUACAGGGCUGGUUCUCUUUCUGA